AUGUCCGGUGAAGCAUGGCUCUACCUAUUGGCGGUGUUGAUCAACGCCGUCAACCUGUUCUUACAGGUCUUCUUCACUAUCAUGUACAGUGAUCUCGAGUGCGACUACAUCAACCCUAUCGAUCUGUGCAACCGACUCAACGCCUACAUUAUCCCCGAGGCUGGUGUCCACGCCUUCCUUACCUUCCUCUUCGUGAUCAACGGCUACUGGCUUGCAAUCUUUUUGAACCUGCCAUUGUUGGCCUUCAAUGCCAAGAAGAUCUAUGACAACCAGCACCUUCUUGACGCCACCGAAAUCUUCCGCAAGCUCAAUGUACACAAGAAGGAAUCCUUCAUCAAACUUGGUUUCCACCUUUUGAUGUUCUUCUUCUACCUCUACAGCAUGAUCGUUGCCCUUAUCCGCGACGAGUCUCACUGA